AUUCAUCAUUCUUCCUUUUCUUUUCUUUUCUUUUCUUUUCUUCCAACAAAGUAAUAACAAUUCAAAAUGAGCGUAGAAAUCUUGGACAGUGCAACCAUUGUAAACUUUGUGGAAGAUGAAGAAGCUUUCAGUGAUUCGAUCAGAGAGCGUUUUAGCCAUCUUGACCUGGACAGAGAUGGAGUUCUUUGUUAUGGAGAGAUGUUGAAGGAGUUGCAAAGUCUUAGGGUGUUAGAGACUCAUUUUGGGAUCGAUACGAAGCCCGACCCCGAUGAGCUUUCUUCCGUCUAUGGCUCCUUGUUCUCGCAGUUCGAUCGAGAUUGCAAUGGAAAAGUUGAUCUUGGUGAAUUCAUGGCAGAAACCAAGAAGAUGAUGUUGGCAAUGGCCAAUGGAAUUGGCUUUUCUCCUGUUCAAAUGUUGUUGGAAGAAAAUAGUUUUUUGAAGAAAGCUGUGGAUAGAGAGUCCACCAAGCUUGCCGCAGCUUAAUUAAUCUUAUAACUUCUUUUCGAGAGAGUGCAUACCAAUUACGGUAGACCUAUCACUUUAUAGCAUAUUUUUACAUGUAGUUGAGUAUUAAUUAAUUGUGUUCAAUUUUGAUUUUCUUUGGAAGGAUGUUCAUUUCAUCCAAAAUGUUGAGCAAAAACAGAAAUCAUUCAUCUUUCCCAUUA